ACGCAACCUCGGCUCCGAAACCCUAGCCGCACGCAGUUGUCCACUUCUACUCCCCUCGCCUCGCCACACCCGCCGCGCGGCACGAUCAGACGCCAUGGCCGCCGAGAACUACUGGAGGUACGCUGAUGCGCGGCAGCAGCAGCAGGCGAUGGUGGCCGCCGCGGCGGCCGCAGCGGGGAUGGCUCCCGCGGCGACCGUCGCCGCGGCCCAGACGGUCGGGAGUGCGGCGGCGGCUAUGAACCAGCAGGCUGCCGCCGCCGCCAUGGCGCAGCAGGCCGCCGCUGCGCCGCCUCUCAAGCGUGCGCGCCCCGACUUCGGUGAUGUGUCUGGUGGGCAAGACAUGACAGGAUAUUAUCCACGUGAAACUGACAGGUCAGGAUACCAUUCCCUCAGAGAGAACGACACACUUGGGGCAUCUUAUGACCGUUACUUGCGCAAUGGGAUGGCCUCCGUCGGUGCAAAUGACACUUCUAGGGCUGCCGGGAUGGGUGCUGGAUUGGCUGCAGGGAUGACUGCAGGGAUGGGUGCUGGAAUGGCUGCAGGGAUGGCUGGCUAUGGUGUUGAUGGUCAGCGUAUGAUGGGUGUUGUUGGUAUGGACAGCAGAGGGAUGGGAUAUGGUGGCAGACCUGAGCCACCUCUUCCGCCUGAUGCAUCAAGCACUCUAUAUAUUGAGGGCUUACCUGCAAACUGCACACGACGGGAGGUUUCACAUAUAUUUCGCCCAUUUGUUGGUUUUCGUGAAGUUCGUCUUGUCAACAAGGAGUCCAGACAUCCUGGUGGAGAUCCACAUGUGUUGUGUUUCGUUGAUUUUGACAACCCUGCUCAGGCUACAAUUGCUCUGGAAGCAUUACAAGGUUAUAAGUUUGACGAACACGAGCGUGAUUCAGCCCAUUUGCGUCUGCAAUUCUCACGCUUUCCCGGUCCAAGGUCAGCUGGUGGGCCUCGCGGUAGGCGUUAAGACGUGCGGACCUCGUGGUUGCCGAACCUAUCGUUUAUACGAGCGAUCCAACUACGGUGGGCUAACGCUUCGAUAUGCGCUGAAUUUCGGGGCGGUGGCUUUUUAGGGUUCGUCAGCUCAUUUCGUGAAUGCGUGAAAGGGACAAUGCAAUAAGUGAUAUUCUGCCAUAUGUUAUUAGAUGCCGUAUAAUGUGUUAGGCAUGGAAAGUUAUUCGACAUACUGUAUCUGCUGCCUUAGCUAUUGUGGUCUACUGUAACUUCAUUACCUUGCUUCACAUCCGAGACAAUUUGAGUUUGUUAUCAUGUGGAUUAUCUGUUUUGAAAAUGAAAACUAGAUGAUGUUAGCCUAUUUU